ACAAAAUGGCAGAUUUUUUCAAAUUACUAGUUUAUUCGUUUCAGUUUACAAAAAUACGUGGGGCCGUAAUUUUGGGGUAAGUACGGCACUACUAAAUGUCCAUAUUUCAUAAUUUUCUUGUUGGCUAGUUUAAAAACACUUUUUGUUUGUCUAAGAGCGGGCGAUAAAUCACUGGAAGAAAAAGUAAAAAAUCGUAAAAUGAUCACUUUGUUAACUUACACAACCACAAUUUUAAUUUUGGUUUCUUCCCAUAUUUUUUUCAAAGCCAUGUGAACAACACCAUCAUUUUGAAUGGGACUAAGUGAGCAAGUUGAAUACACAACAACUCCCCCUUUUUUGACUAGUUUCAACGCAUUAAAUAGCAAAUCGCACUGUAUUUCGGGCAAUUUCAGCCUUUCUUUGACCCGCGAAGGCUUAAAAAUGUUAUUGUCGUUUUCUUUAACCGAGUGACGAUCUGUUGUGCACGGAACAUCGACCUUGAAACGACUAAAUUUAAAAAAAUAAUUUUAUAAAAUGAACACCCUACUAAAAUCCGGUCAAAAUUCUCCUGGGGGAACGACCUGCCGUCGAAAUUCGUAAUCAUGAGUUUCCCCGGCCUGAGCCACCUUUCAUUCAAAUCGUAAAGAAACUGUUUCGAGACUUUGUAAAUCCGAUUUGUUCUAGACAUUGAAACAUCAUUUGCUAUAAUCCUGCUAGGGUAUAACGUCUGGAUUGCUAGUAACGUUUUGCCCCCAGGGGCGGCACACAAGUCCAAAAUAGUGUUCCCGGGGCGUAUAUCAAGGGCCAAAACGGGCAAAACCGACCCCCCAUCCAUCAUGUAGUAAUCCAACACACCCGUAGACCCACUCGAGGAAACCUCAAAAUCGCUGUGAUUCCCCUCCUCGAAACAAUAAACGUUCAAAUGCUCCGGGAAGUGAAUAUCAAACUCUUCCUCAAUAAAAACCUCAAAAUUAUCAUUUUUGUAAAACUUGUAAUGCGUGGAUUCCGGUAUGAAAUCCUCCUUGCCCUUGAUUUUCGUCGCGGGGACGAAUUCGUGGAGGAUUUCCCCUGAGAGGGCAUUUUGAGUGUCAAUAAUCCGUCGAAGGUCAAGCUCAGCACUGUCCAAACUCGCUUGAAGGGAGACAUUUUUCGGCUCAUUGACCCUCAAUUCAAGCUCUCGGUCGAUCCUGUGAACCUCAUUUAGCGUUUUCUGUUUUUCUUGAACCGUCCGUCGCUCUUUUGAGUACUGUUUUUCGAGUUUAAACAAAGUUCGCAUAUUCAAAGCCCCUUGCAACUCAAGCCUGGCCAUUGUGGCCUCGCAAUCCGAGUAAUUGUUAACAACAGCCACGUAUUUCUGCUUCCCGAGGAGCCCCUCCCGCAUGGAGUCCCAAUUCUUCUCGAAAACUUGCCGGUAGAAGUCGUCAAAAUGGGCCAAUGCUUUGUCCACUGGGUGGAUUUUUUUCCGCACAACUGACUGAGAAAAAAUUAAAAGGUGUCUUUGGGGCCAAAUGACUUACCCAGUGGUCAGGGGCAUGUUUGUGUCUCACGAUUUGUUUAAAAAGCCCCAACAUCUCGACAUAACCUUACUUUUCUUGUGUCAUGUGUCGCGUGACAGCGCGCGAAAUUUGAAAUUCAAUUCGAAUUUGGUCGCAAUUAGAGCACAAGAAAUGCUAUAAAUUGUGUCGGAAUUUGAAUUGGCGUAAAUAUGAUGAUCUCAUUUCGUCUCUAGCCGCAAAUAAAUUGAGUUCAAGUGCGCAUAUGUGGAUAAGUUGGCAUUCGGCUCUUGCUUGAACUGCGUUUCAUAUUUAAUAUUGAGUGUCAUCUCUUGGGAUGGCAAUUUUUCGGGUUUUGGUGUGAAUUAAGUGCGCAAAUCGGCGAAAAAGCCAAUUUUGAAUUGUUAGUGAGUGCUCUGUCCUCUUCUAGCUCAUUUGUUGGGCGCAUGUCUGUGCUCACUUGUUAAUUCCCGGGGUUGUACAAAAUCCAAGGGUGAGUAUUGAUUCUAAUGUUGUAGUAGUUUGAAAACAGAUUUCAAUAAUUAGUGGUGGGUUUUUCUCCCUAACGAUUGAUUUUGUUUGUUAGUUACGUAAGUGGGAAUGUUUCAGUUCGGUUUUUCGUGGAAAAUAUAGAAAAAUGGAUGUGUUGCGUCGAAAAUGGAUUUUGGGGGGGAAUUGCCGAAACAAGGGCUAGACACUGUAAGGGCGCUGCACCAGACUGUUGUCGCUUUGAGACAAGCUUUAGAACAAAGUCGGACCGAAAUAUUGGAACUGAAAACGAAAAGUUUCCCCAUUGAAUCGGUCGAACAAACCUUGAAAACACUAGCGUUAGAGAAUCACGUUUUGAAGAGUCAACUCACCCAAGAAGCUCAAAAAACAGUAUUAGAAAAAAAGGAUGACAAUCUUAAAAGGCGUUUUCGUGCAAAAAUUUGCGUAAAAUCUGUUGGGCAAAAGACGUCGCAAUCGCUCGAAAGUCUCCUAGUUCUCAACAAAAAACUAACAAUAUCGAAAACGGUCAGUUUUUCGAAUCUCUCCGAGACAGAAAUGAAUAAUAACGAAACCCAGGAACAGAAUGACGUAGAAGAGCAGGAUCAGGAGCAAGAAGUGGACGAUAUUGAGUUGAUUUUCACCACAGACGAGACCAAAGAUUCGGAUUUUAAAGAGCAGCUUGUUUCUAUCGACGCAGGAGAUUCGUCUAAUUUGCUCCAAUGUCCGGAUUUAGACCAAAAUUUGGAUAUUUCCGAUCGAGAGCUCGACGAUGACGUUUUCAACGAUAACCCUGAAGUCGAUUUCCGACGGGAAAAUUCGCAAUUGUACAACUCCAAGUCGGACAAUUCGAUUAAUCAAGAGAAAAGUUUCAAGAGUUGUUAUUCGUAUCAAGAUUCCAGUUUUGAGAAUAAGUCGCUGGAGAAAGAUGAGAGUUUUGAUCGGUUUGAGGAACGGAUUAGGAUUGUAGAAACGGAUAUUUCCAAAUGUGGGAUCCAGGAAGUCGAUUAUGGGGGAUUGAGGCGAAACACGUGUCCCAAUCCCCUGCAGUAUCGGCCCUUGCUACACCGGGAGGCUUUGGCGAAGGGCUCUCGCAAGACUCGCCCGAUUUUGGCCCACUCGAACGCAAUCCGAAAAGACUCCGGCGCCCAAACGGACAUUUCGGCCCUUCCGGGCUCAUCCUGGCUCUCCGAGAGCAACUUAGCGAACAAAACUCGAGGAGGCGAACAUUUCACAACUUUGCCCUCAAAAUACCCUUUGCCAGGCUCAAGACUGCGUCUUUCGGAAAAAACAGUUGAGGCUCGUCGAGUUCUACUUUCCGAUAUUGGGUUCACUAGCAUGGUUCCAGAGCUGUCUAGAUCAGCCGAUUAUCUGUGCCCUGGCAACGUUAAACCACCAGUCACUUAUGGGCAAUUUCUGAAAACUAGCGAUUUUCAGUCGCCGGGAUUUACCUCCCAGAAAUUUACGUGGACGACCACUACAGCUACUCCAAGUGAAGGUAGCUACUCCCAAUCCCGGUUUAAUAGUUUCUAUCCGUUAUCCUCGCCCCCGAUACCAUCACGUCGGUGCUCCGCCCCUGUCUCCCCCUCACGACGAGCCCUCCUCAGGCCCACCCCCUCUAAAGUGAGGUUUGCUAAUGGUUCAUUACCCGAAUUAAGAGGUGACUGGACCAUGACUAUAGACAGUGGCGAUUCCACUGAUAGUCUAGUCGAAGAAGCGGAAAAUUACUUGCGACGUUCCAUUGAUUGUAUUGUGACCACAAGGGAUUAUGGAAACGAAAGUGGUAAUAAGAAAAGUGUGCCUCGCCGAGCCUCAGCUCCGGAACCUUCCGGAGACAACGUCCCCCCUCAAGGUUGGCAACCGUUCCUCCCGCGGGUUCCACGUGACCUAAAACCGGACCAUUGGGUUAAAGUCAUCACUCCUGAAGGGCGGGUCAGAGGCGGUCGUGUCCGCUAUAUCGGGCCUGUGGUGUCCCAAAGCGACCAAUUCGUGGGGGUGCAAUUGGGGACCCCUGAUGGUCACUCUGAUGGUACUUUUAGUACCAGGAGGUAUUUCCAAUGCGAGCCCUACCAUGGGAUUUUCGUACCGUUCAAGAAGGUAAUCAUGGGUUGGAGGCCAUAAUAACGGGAUCAUUUAUUUCUUCAUGUGCCAUGUUAUUGUUUAAGCAAUAUAUUGAUUGAAAUUAGGCCAAUUUGUGUUCAAUUGGGUUUAUUAUCGGAGACUCCAAUCGCUUCCUAUGACUAAUGAAAAGACAGAGAUGUGCCUUCGACCUCAUUUAUGGCUUAAUUCGAGGAAUUGUCGUUCUAUCUCAUCUGUUACUUAUUUAAACUAUAGUCGAAUGUAUUCUAUAGCACUUAAACGGCACAGUAGCCGACUUAUUCGACAAGUUCAUAGUCGAACGUUAACUGUUAAUUAGAUAUAUUGUGUUUUUAUUUAAGACCAAGAGAUUAAGAGGCGGCCUAAAUUGUUGAACUGUUAAAAAAUGUGAAAAGGGUCAAUUUUCGUAUCUUUAUCGCCGUUAUAGAAUCAGUAUUACGACAAAUGGUGUACAGGGCAAAGUAAUAAAUGAAUAAACAUAUCUAUGUCAA